UGGAAUAUUAGAAAUAAAAGAACAACAAUACACUAAUUGAAGUGUAGUGCAGAAUUAAAUCUAAUUAUAAGAACGCGUGAGCAAACAGAGCACACAAACACCCUCACAUAGAAGGCCAUUUAAUUAGUGGCAAAAGUUUAACGAUUUUUGAAACAAAACGAAAGCAAACGAAACGGGCUGGGCAGCGGCAGGUGCGGUAUGGGUUGAGGUGUACAAGUGUGUGUUAGUUGGUUGUGUGUGUGUGCGUGCGCGUACGUGUGAGUGAUGCAAAAAGCAGAAGCAGCAACAACAACAAGCGGCGUCGUGUGUAACUAAAACGAAUUACAACACAGAACCGCCUACGUAAUGGCCAAUCAACUGGAUGCCAAUGUCAAGGACGAUCUGAAAACUCAAUUUGUAACGCGUGAGGGUACCUAUCGACUGCUAACCCUUCCCGAAUACUCGCGUCCUAAUCGGGUCGGUUACAGCAACAAUCAAAGUUCGCCCCAGGUGCGCGUUUCAUUUGUGACACUGCCCAAUCCCAGCAGCGGUGGCGGCACCACCGCAAACGCUGUUGCUGGCAGUGGCAAUGGCAGCGGAAGCAGCAAAUCAAAUAACGAAGCAACCGCAACGGCGUCGUCGCCCACAACAACAACAGCAGCUGCAAAUGAUAAACGCACGCAAAUACAAUCGAAUGGAGCAACGACAACAACAACUACAGCAGCAGCAACAACAACAUCACCUGCUAUCCCAACAACAGCAGUAAAUGGAGGCGGCGGCGGCGGCGAUAGUAACUACAACGGCAGCAGCACAGUGGACGCACGUUUGGGCGGCGGCAUUUCGAUGCAUUCAAUGACCAACGGCGGUGUACUCGACCAGAAUGGACUGCCCACCAGCCAGAUCUACGGCGGCGAUCGUAUAUGUUUUAAUUUUGGUCGCGAUCUCUAUGUGUAUGCGUUUCGUGGAGUCAAAAAGGGCACUGAGAUGAGCAAGCCCAUCGAUAAAAAGUUUUACAAAGGCACCAAUCCUAGUUGUCAUGACUUUAAUGCCAACGCCGCCACACCCACUGGUGCGCCAUUGCUGGUGGGUUUUACCACAGGACAAAUACAGCUGGUAUCGCCACAGCAAGGACCACGCGAGUUGCGCAAGCUCUUCAACGAGGAGCGCUUGAUUGACAAGACCAAAGUGACCUGUCUAAAGUGGCUGCCGAAUUCGCCGCAUUUGUUUCUCGCGUCACAUGCCUCGGGGCAUCUGUAUUUGUAUAAUGAGGAGCUGCCGUGCGCCGCGACUGCGCCCAGCUAUCAGCCAUUCAAGGUGGGCGAUGGCUAUACGAUACUCACCUGCAAGUCCAAAUCAACACGUAAUCCGCUCUACAAAUGGGUCUUUAGCACCGAGAAUUGCUGCAUUAACGAGCUUUGCUUUUCACCCUGCGGCGCUAAUCUAGCAUUAGUCUCCCAGGAUGGCUUUCUGCGUGUCUUUCAUUACGAUACCAUGGAGCUAUUAGGCAUAGCGCGUUCCUAUUUUGGUGGCUUUCUUUGUGUCUGCUGGUCGCCCGACGGCAAAUAUAUUGUGGUAGGCGGCGAGGAUGAUCUGGUGACUGUGUGGUCACUGCACGAACGGCGUGUUGUUGCACGCGGCCAGGGCCAUCGCUCCUGGGUAUCCGUGGUGGCCUUUGAUCCAUAUACCACCUCAUAUACGAACUGGGAUGGUGGAGACUUUAGCGAUGAUGAAAAUCAGUUAAAUGAUUAUACAGCAACGCGCGAGGAUCGCUUCUCCGGCGACUCCACGGCCAAUGGCGGCUUUGAGGGCUUUGACAAGAACUCAACUCCGCUGCAUAACGCAACUAAGCCACGCCCCCAUUCUGCCUCCUUUCGCUCGGACGCCUCGUCGGCAGCGCUGGCGCCAGAGAAACUGGCCAUUAGCUAUCGUCUGGGUUCAGUGAGUCAGGAUACACAAAUAUGCUUGUGGGACAUUACGGAGGAUGUGCUGCGACAUCCGUUGACAUCCUUGCGUCAGCAUGUGAACGAAAGCAGCAGCAGCUACAUGAACGGCGGCUAUGAUGCGGAAGGCAUCAAGUUGAUACGACCUAUUGCCAUGGGCCAGGCUACCAAUUUCGCCGACUCCGGCAGCUGCAGUCCCACCGCUGAAGCGCUGGGCGCGGGCACCGCCGCUGUGGCUGAGCAUAGUAAUAGCAAUAGCUCCAGCAAAUUCUCAACGGCCAACUGCACCAUAUCCUCGCAGUCAUCCAAUGCCAAUACGCCGCCUGAUGAUUGCUGCGAAACAGAAACGCACGCCAAUGCGCCAACGACAUCAAAAGCGUCCAGCAAAGCUCACGGCACUGGCAACUCUAUCAAGUUUCCUAAUUGCAUUAGUGCCACCAAAUCAGAGAGUAUUGAUAGUGGCGGCGGUGGCAGCGGCGGCGCCCAGCGCUUAAAUAACUCGACGAAUAACACAUCUGGAUAUAAUAGCAAAAAUUCUAAUAGCUCGACUAAAACCAACUCCAACUCAAGUGGCUUGAGCGCCUUCAAUAGUCUAACACAACGUUUAAGCAAUUUUAGUUUCUUAAACAGUUCUGAAAAGCGCGAGAGCGGCACAGCCAGCAAUCAUCGCCAGCAUCGCAAGGCCAUGAGCAUGCUUAAGAGCUACAACCAAUAUAAUCACAGUAAUAAUCACAACAACAACAGCAGCAGUAGCACCUCAACAAACUUUGCACACUCUACAGCAGUGGAAUCUGGAAAUAGCUUUGGCUCACUUAAGCUUAGUAAAUCCUCACACAACUCCUCGCUGGCAACGGCGGCGCAGUCGUCGGGCACUGUGAGCAGUUAUGAUCCCAUGAAGCUCAUUGGUACGCCCGCAUGUCCGCGUUUUGAAGAGUGCCCGCUGCUGGAGCCGCUUGUCUGCAAAAAGAUUGCCCACGAGCGUCUAACUGCGCUCAUAUUCCGUGAGGAUUGCUUUCUGACUGCCUGCCAGGAUGGCUUUAUCUACACAUGGGCGCGACCGGGGCAGACAAGCCAGAAUGUUGUGCAGCACUUGUCCCCCAGCAGUCAAGCCGCGCCGCCGGGUGGAACGGUAAUAUAGUUCAUUACGGUAAAUGCAGCAAACUAUCAGCGUAAUCUUGUCAAGCAGCAGGAGCAGCAGCAACAGGAGGCGUCGAAGUCGGUGAUUUAGGUUAUAGAGCUAGCGUUUGAAUUCAAUUAAUUUCGUUAUAGGCAGAGUUUUCAUUGUUUAAUAAUGUUUGUUGCAACCAUUUAAUUUGUAUUCCAA